AUACAAUCACAAUUGGCUCGAGUACGUCGGCGUCACGUUCGUCCUCAGUAUCUUCCUUCUUGCCCUCCGCCGACGCUGCCGCGCUGAAUAAUACGACAACCAAAUCGCCAGAGAAACGCCGUCGCACCUCAAGAUCCUCAGGAAAUGCACGGAUCCAUGGACGGUUUUCGCCCAUCCAGUCGCGAUCGCCCAUACCGGACUCUCAGCAUGUCCACUUUAACAUCAGCGACUUGCUAGUCCCGUCACCGUUUGGACCAUCUUCAAGCUGGGAGAAUCAGGUCGAUUACUUUGAAGCCGAACAAGGUCGCAACAAGCGCCAACGACUGUCUGAGGACGCUCUAUCACUGCAACCUGUCCAAAAUGACGAGACUUUCCCAUUGCCCACACCGGCAACAUUGUCAUCAGACGAUGCACAGAACAUGUUCCGUUCACUCGAUUUCAUGGACGUUGAUAUGGAGAUCGGAGGAGUCAGUAAUGAGUUUUUCUUCUAUCAAAUUACACAGCAGCAGGAUCCAUCCUUGAACGCAUGCGAGAAUGUGGGCAACCUCAUUGACACCUCGGAUGCCUCCAAUUUCGGACUGCCAAAACCCACGACUGGCUCGCCUUCGGGACAGUCCUCGGACUCUGUCAGCGACACUGGAACCGAAAGAAUCGAUCGAGUACGCCUGCCAAUGAUUUUGAAGGAGAAAUCGGAAAACCCGCCUAGACUGGCAGUUGACGACGCUGCGUUUCAAUCAGUCUGUGCUGAUGCCUAUCAACGGCUAGAGAUCAGCGAGCUUCAACUCCCUUUCAAAAGCCGCCGAGAGCUGCAGCAUUUGUUGAAUGGCUAUCUUGAUUGCUUCCACCGACAUUUGCCCAUCAUUCAUCUGCCUUCGCUCCUGGUGUCGGAAGCGCCUAGUCCUCUCAUUUUUGCCAUGUGUUGCAUUGGAGCACUAUACCGACUUGAUCGACAGAAAGCUCGGAAGCUAUAUGUAAUGAGUGCCAGUAUCUUGAAAACGGAGCUUGCAAAGCAUACUUACCCAUCUCCGGCCACAUCGAAUUAUAACAUGUCCGCCGGAGAUCAGGAAGCAAAUCAAAUGGUGGAACUACGGCCCUUGUGGUUCAUGCAGGCGCGCACUCUUCUGCUGCUAUAUGCUGCGCUUGGCAACGACAGUGCGAUAAUGAAGACGGAGCUUGACGGGCUGGGGGUAUUUACGACUGACUAUCGAUCUCGACGAUCUGCCCUUCUGACCAAGAGUCGCCAGCACGCAGAGCUUCGAUGGCCGGAGUGGAUUCAAAUCGAAUCGACUAAAAGAUUUCUGUGCGCUAUGUUCAUUUGCAGCAGCCUUCUCGUGCUUGUCUAUGGUCUCCCCCCCGGUCUCAGCAUUACACAGGACCUUGAGAUUGAGUUACUCGAAGAGGAAAAGCUAUGGAGUGCUUCAACAGCUGAAGAGUGGCGAGCCAUGCGAGACCCUGAAAUAUCAGCACCAACAAGGACCAUACGAGACGUGAUGGGAGAUAUGCUGGCAGGCAUGACCAACGAUAGCAACGAAUAUUCACCGUACUACGUCUCGGGAUUUACGACACUCGUCAUAACACAUGCGGUCAACGUGUACGCUUGGAACCUAAGCCAGUUCACCCACUUGCACAUUUCUCCGUUCUCAGAUCUAUCGGGUGUCGCGCCAAAUACAUUGCUCUCGAACGCCUUGACAACGCUCGCAAGAUGUCGCGAAGUCUUGCAACUUGCUAAACCAGAAGGCAUCGAGUCCCUGUGGCACAACCCCGAAGGGCCGCUACUUCUGAACUGCGAAGCCAUGCUACGUGUCGCUUAUACGCGGCUAUUCCUUAAUGCGAGUAUGCCUGAUGGCAUCGUGCUUCUCCUCAACAGUCCAGAAGAGAACGUUAGAUUGUUGACGCGGUUUGUUGCUGCUAGACAAGAGCGAAGUCCUCUCAUUACUAAAGCAAUGGCAAGCAUGUGUGAAGCAUUCUCUGUGCCGUCAAAAGCGGGCUAUCUGCUUGUGCAGAAGACGGCAGCGAUUAGUUGGAGCGUCGAGCAUGCUGUUGCAGGCUGGGGCUGCGUCCUGCUGCUCUCGAAAUGGAUACACUGUCUCGAGACGCAAUUAAGCGAGGAUCCCAUUACCGAUGCAGAAGGCGAGAUCAUCUCCCAAGUCAAAGCAGCGCUUGAGGGAAUGGACAUCGAGUACAGCGAGAACGGUUCACUUGCAGCUGCCGUUGUGAAGAGCUGGGCUCCAUUAAUGACCGAUGUUUGGGUUUGGGGAAUCACUACGAAGAUGGGCCGCCUUCUAAUGGAUCUUGCAAAGGUCUAUGAAGCUAGCUCAAGGAAAGCUAGGAGCCUCCGGGAAAGGACUUAAGAAAUUAGGUUUCGCUGAUAGGAUCUAGACUGGGCUCGGACGAGCUUAGAAUUUAUUAAGGACUAUUUAUCUGCAUAUUUAAGGUUAACCCAUUAUUAUUGCACUAUAAAUAGCCCCGGCGGGUGUAAAGGCCAAAUAUUAUGCCCGUAUUAUAACCUAUAUCGCGAUAUAUUCCUGUUAUAUAUAAUAAGGCGCUUAAAGCAGACUUAUAGGUCGGAUAGAAGGCUACUAUUUUUACGCAAAUAUAAC